GCCAUUUUUCUUCGUGCUAAUCAUCUAUCCUUGUGUUUUUCCUUUCGGGAUUGGUUUCUAUGGCUUCUGAAGUAAUAGAGUACCGAUGCUUUGUCGGUGGGCUUGCUUGGGCCACCGACAGCGAUGCUCUCGAGAAAGCCUUCUCUCAUUAUGGUGAGAUCGUCGAAUCGAAGGUUAUCAUCGAUCGUGAAACUGGAAGAUCGAGAGGGUUUGGAUUUGUGACCUUCGCCUCGGAGCAGGCGAUGAAAGACGCAAUCGAAGGAAUGAACGGUCAGAACCUCGACGGUCGUAGUAUCACAGUGAACGAAGCACAAUCCCGUGGAAGAGGCGGUGGUGGCGGUGGAUACGGAGGUGGUGGUGGUUAUGGCGGCGGCGGUUACAGCCGCGGUGGAGGAGGAUAUGGAGGAGGAGGCCGCCGUGAAGGUGGUGGAGGUGGCUAUAACCGCAACGGUGGAGGUGGUGGAUAUGGUGGUGGUGGAGGUUAUGGUGGUGGUGGAGGUCAUGGUGGCGGUGGAGGUUAUGGUGGCGGUGGGAGAGACCGUGGAUAUGGUGGUGACGGCGGGUCCCGCUACUCGAGAGGAGGCGGUGCUUCGGAUGGAGGAAGCUGGAGGAAUUAGGAUUAGGUUUUUUAGUGGGUGAAAAAAUGGGGGGAGGUUCUGUUGGAGUAAUAUCAUCCCCUUGAUAUUAAUUGUGGUAAUUUUAGGUUUGGAAUAUGCGUUGUGGUUUGAGCAUAUGUUACUGUUAUGGUUGGUUGGUUUCCGUGUUACUCCUGUCCUGUGGUUCUCGUUUUUGACCUCUGAUAAUGAAUCUGUGUUCUUGAAGGAAUGAAAUGAAUGGCAAGAAAUUAUGAUCCUAAGAUUUUUACAAAUAACGGGAAAUCUGUUUGGCCAUGCGA